CUCAUUAGUUCUUUUCCCUUAUAUAAACCUUCCCUUGAUCUACUAGCUACUCAUAGUCUUAAGUCUUAACCAAACAAAGAAAGACAAAAAAUGGAGCUCUUCUAUGCGCCUCUCCUCUCCCUCUUCGUUCUUCUCGUCUCCUUCUCAUUUCACUACCUCUUCUACAAAAACAAACCCAGCUUGACCGGUGGACUCCCGCUCCCACCGGGCAACACUGGAUGGCCUUUGAUCGGAGAGAGCUACGAGCUUCUCUCGUCAGGAUGGAAAGGUCAUCCAGAAUCAUUUAUAUUUGACCGUCUGGCCAAAUAUAAAUCCAACAUCUUCCGAACCUCCAUCUUCGGAGAGCCGGCCGCAGUCUUCUGCGGCGCAGCCUGUAACAAAUUUUUAUUCUCCAAUGAGAAUAAACUAGUCGAGGCAUGGUGGCCCGACUCGGUCAACAAAGUAUUCCCUUCCUCUCAACAAACCUCUUCCAAAGAAGAAGCCAUCAAAAUGAGAAAAAUGCUCCCAGGCUUUCUCAAGCCCGAAGCGUUACAACGAUACAUUAGCAUCAUGGAUAAAAUCGCACGAAACCACUUCGAAUCCGGCUGGGACAACAAAGACGAAGUUCUAGUCUUCCCCUUGUCGAAAACGUACACGUUUUCGAUCGCGUGCCGGCUCUUUGUGAGUAUCGAAGAGCCUUCUCAAGUUGCGAAGCUCUUGGAGCCGUUCAGCGCCAUUGCUUCCGGAAUCAUAUCGGUGCCGAUAGAUCUCCCCGGGACCCCAUUCAACAAGGCCAUAAAAUCGGCGAGACUUGUUACAGCAAUGCUUGACAAGAUUAUAAAGCAAAGGAAGGUUGAUUUGGCUGAGGGGAAGGCUUCUCCAACACAAGAUAUAUUGUCGCAUAUGUUGUUGACGAGUGAUGAAAGUGGGAAAUUCAUGGGGGAAUCUGAGAUCGGUGAUAAAAUAUUAGGGUUGUUGAUUGGAGGGCAUGACACUGCGAGCUCUGCAUGUGCAUUUAUUGUCAAGUAUCUAGCCGAAUUGCCUGAGAUCUAUCAAGGAGUCUACGAGGAGCAAAUGGAGAUUGCGAAAUCAAAAGCUCCCGGAGAAUUACUCAAGUGGGAAGACAUUCAGAAAAUGAAAUAUUCGUGGAAUGUUGCUUGUGAAGUGCUCAGACUGGCACCACCACUCCAAGGCUCUUUCAGAAAUGUGCUCACCGAUUUUUCUUAUAAUGGCUUCUCAAUCCCUAAAGGCUGGAAGAUUUACUGGAGUGCAAAUUCAACCCAUAUAAACUCGGAUGUGUUUCCCGACCCACUGAAAUUUGAUCCGUCGAGAUUUGAGGGGUCGGGACCAGCGCCCUACACUUUUGUGCCGUUCGGCGGAGGACCUAGAAUGUGUCCCGGAAAAGAGUAUGCAAGAUUGGAGAUACUGGUGUUCAUGCACAAUCUGGUGAAGAGGUACAAAUGGGAGAAGGUCAUUCCUGAUGAGAACAUUAUUGUCAAUCCCAUGCCAAUUCCAGCCAAGGGACUCCCAGUUCGCCUGUUUCCUCACAAACUUGUAGCCUAGUCUUGCCUUGAUUAUGUUCUAAUUAUCUCUGUUUAGUAGCCUGUAAGUUAUCAUCUGUUUGGUAGCCAGGUUACUAAUAAGUUGAAUAAGAAAUGCUCGUGUGACAAUAAUAUUCUAGUACUCUUGUUUCUUUUUCUAA